CAUCACGUGUUCGCAAUGUUCGGUGCUCUCCCGAAGAAGAACUGGGCGGGGUAUGAACGGGUACAGAUGAGCUGCCCCACCCCGACACGCUUCAUUGUGACUUCAGUGUGUCUCCAGUCUCGGUCCCACAGCCUGUGCGGUCACAUGGACUCUCCGUGUCCUCUCAUUUCCUGCCGGACUCUCGUCGUCCUUUUCCUGCUCUGCUCCUUCGGACCUGUUGAAGGCCAGUAUCAGGUGAUUGGACCGACUCAGACAGUCGUGGCCGCUCCAGGUGAUGACGUCAUCCUGCCGUGUCACGUGGAGCCUCAUUACGACGUGGUGGGACUGACGGUGGAGUGGUCGAGGCCCGACCUUCAGCCUGACCCCAAAGACCCGCUGGGCCAGGUCGAAUACGUGCUCGUUUACAGAGACGCCAAGGAGGAUCUGGACCUGAAGUUGCCGGCGUACUACGGAAGGACGCGGCUGUUUUCAGACGGCCUGAGGCGUGGCAACAUAUCGCUCAAGAUCAUGAAUGUGACGCUUGAGGACAAAGGGAGAUACAAAUGCUUCAUCCCGAAGUUAGAAGGCGAAACGAAGUCCUCGGUCGUUCACCUUGUUGUGGAGCCAAACUCGUCUAAAACCCAGACAACAGAGACUCCGCUGCCACCCAGCAGUUCCGGAACACCUACUGCGACAGAGGAGACGGCUGUUCACGGCGAGGCGUCCCAUCGGGCAGGGCUGAUUGCAUGUGUCGUCUGCGUCUUGCUGAUGCUGGGUAUCGGAGUCGUGCUGUAUUUGGCGCGGAGGUGUCAUAAACAAAAACUCACCUGCAGCUCGUGGACAUGCUAACAUCUCGUUAUUGUCGAGAGAAAAAAAAGACCAAGUUGAAAGCAAAGCCAGGAUUCAAGGUUUUCUUUCCGCUUGAUCAGGUGGUUUGGAAACUGCUGCUGGUACUGAAACUGUGAUUGAGCUCCAGUCCUGAUGCCACAUUUGGCCUGCACCUGCACUUUUCUCACGUCUAAAUGAGUUUCGAUCAACUGUCAGCGUGCCUUUGAGCAGGGCGCCUAUCUGUUCGGCGGCGUUACACCUUUUAUUUUAAAGUGUUCCGAUGAAAGCUGCUCUUCUCUUUGUUUAAACUUUGACAGUUAACAGUGUGUGUUUCCCCUCAUGCGUCAGCGCUGUGUUGUGCACUGCUGUUGGUUGUUUAAUUAUUCAGAUGUAAAAAGCUGCCUGUGAAACUGUUGCACUGAGCCAGUUUGUUUGUUUCAUUUCAUUUCACUGAAGUUGAGCUGUGAGUUUGAAACAUUUCUUUCUUUCUGGUGUAUGUUUUGUUGUCCUGUAAUUUAUUUGCAGACAUUUUGUUGCACCUUAAGAGCUCAGAAGUCAGUUUGAUGACUGAUGACCUUUGAACUGAUUUUCAGUUCUUUAACUGUUCUAAACUACUUAAAUAUACUGCCAUAAAACUACUUUAAAGAAGUACUUUUGUCAGCCAUUUCAGUUUGUUGAAGUUCAGCGUUUACUCCUGCAGAUUCAUCAACAGCCGCUUAACUCGUGGUUGUCCUGUGACAGAAUCAGCACAUAGCAUACACUAAUUUUGAACAUGCAGUCACUCCACCACCAUGUUUUUCUCGCUGGUCACAAGUCAGCGCCCUCGCACAACUAAAAUUAAGAUCUUGAGGGCGUAGAAGAGCAGCUGCUCAGCAGUCAUCAAAAUAAAGUCUGGCUCUUUAAAUUGACACCCUAUGUUUAGACACAUUUUUCUUUAUUCAUGCUUGUGGUCGCUGUGGCUUCUUCUCUUUGUCGUAAUGACGUGUUGUGUAUUUGUGUAGUUUAAAGUAUGUUUUUCUGUCUGAUUUGUGUUUAAAAAUAUCAUAGGAACGUUUCCUUCAUGUCUGUGGAAAUAUGCAACACUCCCACAGGUGGAGUCAUUUCCUUUGUGAUCCAACAAAAGCAAAGAGAUGAUAAAUCAAUGGAAACAAAACCCAGCUGCAUAACACAUGUAACGUAACUGUUUUGCAAUGUUUCACCUUUUCUUCUCAUGGACACAUUGCCAAAUACUGACACGUUUUGCUCUGUACUCUGAUGCAUUCAGUAAUCAUCGCUGCUUACUGGUGCAGUUUUCUCUGGUUAUGUAGAACCAGUCCAUCAGCAAAACGUGUUCGUCUUUGUUCAGCAUCGACAGCCCAGUUUGCUCCUUUAGUUGUACGAAAUUGUUGCUACUGUAUGACUGCUUUCUGGUCAAGUAAAGCAAAAAAGCUUGAGGUAAGGUUUGAUUUACAUGUUGAAACGACAUCUCAUGUGCUUGUAUGGAGGGAAAAAACUGGAGACUAGAAGUUUACACCCAUACAUAUUUCAAUAUCAAAGCCAAAAUCUACCUCUACGCUUACAAACCAAAUGUUCUACCUCCCGAGCAAGCGAUGCAACUUGGAGGGAAAGAACCACAGUAACCACAUACGGAAACCUGAGUGAAUGGAAACAUAUUUAGUUUUGUAGUAAGGAAAAACAUUUAUGUGCUGCAGCAGGAACACAGAGGUUCUGCACAAACUUCCAUCAUUGGAAGAUAAAAUGACAUUUGCUGACAAAGGACUUUAUUUAUCCCAAAGGCAAUUCUGAGCCAAAGAAUAAAACACUGUGCCUGUUAGGAUAAUUUAGGAUAGUUUAAGAUAAUCAGCAUUGUGAAUGUAAGAGCUGUUUGUAAUGUUAGUCCUUGUUUUUAGUUGUAAACUUAAUUUGUUAAUUAUGAGUAACUUUGUUUAAGUGUUUGUUUUAUUUAGAUUAGAUUUUUUGAUAAUAUUCUUUGUUAGUUAUUUGUUUAUGAUAUUUAAAUUUGCAUAGUUCCUAUUUUGGUUUAUUUUUUGGGUAAGCAAAGACCAGCAUGCACUUUUUUACCAGUGCAAACGAGGUACCAGCAGCCAUGAUAUUCUUUGUUCUUUUGUUUGUUUUAUUAAUUUUGAAAUAAAUCACAAUAAAACGCAA